AUGUUCGAAUCAACAAUCGAAUCAUCAGAAAUGGAAUUAGAAGCACCAAAAAUCAACAAUGAUGCAGAGAUCACUCCUCUAGAUGCUUCCAUGACUCCAAAAUUAUGUACAGAACCUGUAGAAGACGUUCAAACACCAACUGACAAUUCGUGCAAAUUUAGUGUUAAGACCUACUGGUUUCCAGAGAAGACACUCGAAGAAGGUGAUUCAAUAAAGACACCGGCUGUUCUGAAAUAUCCAAAACUCAAAGCUAUGGUGGGCGCUCCAAAUGAAGCAAUGGCAAAUAUAUUGUGUGCAAUGAAAGAUUACGCUAGCAAAGCAUUUGACCAUGCGUCAGAAGCAGCCACUUCAGCUGUUACAAUGAUACAAGCACAAAGUGCCAAAGCUCUGGAUAACUUUAACGGAUACAUCGAUAGACACAGAGAAACCCAACCGCCCAAGGAAAGAUAA